AUGGAAACAGUUCCAAUAACGAACAGACGGCGUUUCAUGGAUAUUUCACCUAAACAAGAAGAAUACAUCGCACAGCAAGCAUAUAGACAAAUUAUUGAACAAUAUCGAAGGAGUCUUCUGCCAUCUUGGGACUCUCGUACUCGAUUUGUCAAGAGAGUCGCGGAGAAGCUCAUUGGGGUCAGCGGAAUGCAAGGUCUUAAUAGUUUUUCCCCGUUGCACUCUGUAGAUUUGAUUAGACGCCUGCCUUUUUCACGUAAAUGCGAAUCGGAAGCCGAUUACAUUGGCCUUCUCCUGAUGGCUCAAGCCUGCUAUGAUCCCGAAGAAGCAAUAGGAAUGUGGGAAAGAAUGAAUAAAUAUCAGAAAGGGGUAUCGCAAUUUUUAAGUACCCACCCAAACCCUGAAUAUCGAAUGAAAAACAUACGGAAGUGGAUGCCCGAAGCAUUGCGCAAAAGAGCUGAAAGCGACUGCGUUCAUCAAUAUGAUGAUUUCAGAAAAAUCACGGAUCAGUUCAGACCGCAAUGGGCUGCUUGGUAA